GAAGGGCCUGUAUUGUGCUGUAGGUUUUCUAUGUUUCUAUGGAUGUUGCCUGACCUGCUGAAUUCCUCCAGCGUUUUGUGAGUGGAACAGAGGAAGGCGGCAUUCCCCCGACCGGCGGAACAUAAUUCUCGAGCACAAUGGGGGUGGGGGGAGGUGGUGUUCGAUCCCUUUGAGGUGACCGGUAUAUUUUGGUUCGAAUGGUUCUCUAACGCCUCUGUUCGCAGGCAGAAGUAGCCGAGUGACCGACCUCCUCACGCAACGGAGAGAGAGAGAGAGCGGGUGGACUGCGUUACCUGGACCCGGAGCUCGAAAGAUGCUGAACGUUGGCAGCAAGGUGGAUACCGGAUCAGAUACGGAGAUUGUGCAGCCCGAGCCCGGAGCAUCGGACUCUGGUGACCGGACAUGGAGCUCCCCAUCGUCAGUCUCAGGUGCUGUGGGUAGUACCCACGUGCUGAAUUUUAAACCGGUUUUGCUGUCCAGUUUUACCUUUCUGAGGAACCGCAUGGAAGCCUUGGGAGUCACCUACAACAGCAGAUCCCAUCGAUUGGUUGUCCUGGACAGCAUGGGAUGUGUGAGCUGGCCGCUGAACCCAGCAGGUGGAGGCAAACGGGAACUGGAGUUUCCAAAGCAAACGUACGGCGUUUUAAAACAAAUAAUUCACUCCAGCAAGUUUAAUGUCUACUUUGCCCUAGGCAAGGAUUGCUCACUGAAGGUUUACAACAAGGAUUUCUGUGAGACGUUUGCUGUUCCCGGCUCGGACCUCAACGCCGCCAAAUCCAUCAUGUUUAACCCUAAGGCCGACGAGCUGAUCACUGGAGGGGUCGGGGGAGUCAAGUUCUGGAAGUACAGAGUCAACCCCAAGAGCACAAAUAAGAUUUUACCCAUGUCCAACUAUGAGCUUUUCUUGAGGGCUGACUACCCCCACAUGGGCGGCACCUGGGUGAGGAAGGUGGAGUUGGACGUUGGCGGCCAGAUGGUCCUCUGCUGUUCCGUCCAGGCUCUGUUCUGCUACAACACCAAGGGGCAGCUCCUCGUGGUGAUCCCUCACCCGCACAAGUCCUCUCUCACUGCCUGCAUUUCCUCACCCUACGAUGAGUCGCUGCUGACUGCGUCUGAAGAUCACGAUGUUAACCAGUGGACGAGGAAAGGCGCCUUCGUUCACAGGUUCACCGGCCACACUCGUGCUGUCACAAACCUUGUGCUUCACCCUGAGACCAGCUCCAUCUUCAUUUCUGGCUCGAAGGAUGGCACCAUCAGACUCUGGUCGCUGGACACACUGACCCAGCUCCUCAGCCUGCCUGUGCUGGAGGAGGGUGUCGAGUGGUUGGGACUGACGGAGGGCAGCCUCCUGUACUGCUGCUCCAGCCGACGUGCCCACAUCUACUCCCUCAGCUACUUCGCCCAUUUCUGGAGAUGCCUCGGCAGCAGAGUCACUCACCUUGACACCGCCUGGGCCCGCCAGAAAACAACCCGGCUCAGCGUCCUGCUGGAGGAGAACAGCCUGCACAUCAUGUCCCAGGGUCAAGGGCUGAAACUGUCGCAAGUCCUCCCUCUUCCAACCCGCACUCUGUUGCAGUAUGUCUACAACAGGGCCAAGAACCUGAUCUUCUUCCUCGUGGACCCUGCAGAGAUCUGGAUCUACAGCUGCAAAACCAACCCAGCCUGCAGAGUUGCUGUGUGGAAUGUUUUGGAGAUACUCAAGACCGUGCAAUUCCUGGAUGUUGGUAGACAGUCGGGUCGAAUAUCGGUUGCUGAGGAUAUGCGAUUGUCCCCGUUUGACGGGAGCCUGUGGAAGGUACCCCUCAGUGGCUGCUGCUGCAUUGGGACCCUCUCCUCCCCUGUCUACUACGCGACCAGCGAGGGGAUGGCGUGUGGCGAUUCCGACCAGUUCUUGCUGCUGGGUCUGGAGGAUGGCCGGAUGCUCUUCGUGGACGCUGAUUUAGACAAGGUGCUGUACCAUGUCGUGCAGGCGCACAAAGGGCCGCUUAGCCUCAUAAAGCAGAGUGAAGAGCAUCGGUUAAUAUGCGUGGGCCAGGAGACAGCUGGCAAGUGUCUAAAGAUCUGGAGUCUGCCCAAGCUCGAUCUGCUCCAGGAAGUACUGAUCCCUCAGAGCACCGCCAGCCUCUCGAUAAUAGGCAGCCACUUGUGUCUGGGAUUGGACUCGGGAUCGAUCAUCUUCCACAACGUUGAGGCUGCAGAAUCCAAGCUGCUGCCACCUUUUGUCACCAGAUUACCAGAGGAGGCCUGUGAGUUGGGCGAGAGUCGGGGGACCCAUCUGACGGGCAAGGUGUUUACUGACGGUUGCCCCAAGCAGAGUAUCUUCUUGAGUUGUAGUGAAGAGGAGGUGCUGAAGAUCUGGGAUGUUCAGGGGUAUCUGCUGACUGAGGUUAUCCUGGAUCACACCCUUACCUACGCCAUCUUCCUGAACAACCAGGCCGAUGUACUGAUGGGCUUCAAGAACCACCUCUUCCUCAUCCCUCACCAGAAGAUGCUUCCUGACCUCACAGAGACCACAUCCGUCAUUUCAUCUCAAGCUCCAGAAUCAGAUAUUUACGAGGACCCAGCCGUUAAAUAUGAGGACGUGCGGAUUGAUCAACAGGAGAUAGAGGUCCACUUGGAUAUGGAUUCCUAUUUGGCACCCUUCCAGGACAGAGAUUCACUGCUGGGUGUGAGGAAGGCAGGCGCCGCCUCAGUGAUCUGCUCGAGUGCAGAAGCGGGAAGGACUGCAAGUACACAGCUUUCUAUGAUAAGUGAUAAUCAGACAGCCACUUUGACCCCAGAAGGUUCUCUCGUCAGUUCACUGCAGACUGUGGAUCAAGAGAGCACAGAUUCCCUGCAGACAAAGGUGGAUGAGAAAGAGUCUGAAUUGGCUGUGGAAUCUGAUGAACCUGCGCAGGAGACUACCUCAGAGGAUUUGCUGUGGACGGUCUUGCCCCUAAGUUCUUCGAAGAGUUUGUUGUCUAGCAUCAAUGAGAGUGAAGUCAGUGCAGGGGAAGUGCCCAACAUGCGCAUACUGCUCCAGCCGCCCACGACUGAAGUCUCCACAGCAGACAGCAGGGCGUCAGAAAACCUGAGAAAGCAGCUCCACAUCAGCCGGGCUGCCGUGAUGAUCAACAGGCUGCAGCCGUACGCUGAGCCUAACUUGGCUGACAGCGCUGAGGUGAUCAGAAGAGGUCUGAAAGUUGACAGAUUCUUGACCACAAACAAGACACUGACCCAACAACAGACGGCCUUCCAGUUAAGCUCGGAAUUAAACCAGCUACUGUUCCUGAAUAUUUAUAAGGAUAAAUUGCUUCUCCAAAGAAAGAGGGGAAAGAGGUAUAAAAAAGGCCCAAAAUCAAAGAUGAGUGUCCCGGAGCAUUUUCAGGUGACCAAGAAAAGAGCCGUGGAUUCAGAUCAAACUGUUUCCCCAGUGAAGUCGAAAGAUAAGGAGGUCCGCACAGUCCGCCCGGUGAAGAUCUCAGUAAUGGACAGACUUCAGUCCGAUCUGCAGAGGAGGGAGGCGGGGGCUUUACUGCGCCAGGAACGGGCCGUGCAGAGUGAGGAGCGGCGGCUGGUGCAUCAGCUGCAGCGAAUACAGCGUCAACGCGGGCUGCCCCGGCACGGAAACUGCAUCCAAUCGCAGAGGGUACAAGUGACGGAGCCUCAGGUCCAUGUCGUUCAGAGCGAACCCCCGCCCCUCCGGGGCCGCCUGACUGGGAGGAUCUCCGUCCCUUCCUCCCUGAGCAUCCCGCCGAUCUUCCCGACUCCACCGGCGGGGAGACGUCCCGACAACUACUCUCUCCCGAUGGACCCCCGUUACCGCACCUUCGUGGUGGUGCGGGAGACGUACGCUCCGCCGGAGAUGCCCCUUCCGACGCCCUUGGAGCAGAGGUUGUUGAAGGAACGGUUCCCGAAUUACAAGGUCCCCUUGGCUCGGCAGAGACCCAGGCUGAUCGACAGGAAGAUCUACACCCCGGAUCACUUCGGCAAAUGCCAGCGGUGAGGUCUUUCUCUCUAACCAUCCCUGCCCGGAACACCCCGCCCUCCAUUCCUCUGAGACAGGGAUAGUUUUUAAAGGUGAAAAGGUAGCGCCGAUAUUCCAAUUGGUGCAAGCAGGCAGCAGGGAAUCAAAAUCAGGUUUAUUAUCACUGGCAUGUGAAAUUUGUUUUGCGUCGGCAGUACAGUGCAAGGGGACCAUUCAGCCUGGUGGAGGGACUGUUUGCCUCGAUGGUGG